GACAGUGACCGGGAUGGGGUUUCUAACUCGGAGCCAACCUUCUGCGCAGACACAGGAGCGGGCCGCCGCAGCCGCCCGGAACCGGGCCGGACGGACCGUACACAGAAGCCGACCACAGAGGCCGUCAGAGGGGCAGGGGUGAGACCUGGAACCGGCUUCCCCUUCGCCGGAGAACACCGGUGGAUCAAGGCGUUUCGCCGCUCACACCCGAGGCUCCAACCCCGAAACUUCAGGCUGCGCAACCGCGUUCCGGAACUUUGUAUCACCGGAACGAGAGGAGGAAGUUCCUUCGGUUGCAACCCGAUCGAAUUAUCAGGAGGGUCCACUUCCGGCGGACCAAAAAUAUGGCCGCGGCCGUUCCGGACUCACGUGUAAGCGCGGGGAAAAAGCUAAAGCGUUCCCUGAAGAGGAAGAAAAAGAUGAAACUGGUAGCCAAGGCCGGAAUGUCGAGUCUGGAAGACGAGCUCAAACGCUCUUCCGACGGAGAAGGAGGAAGUUGUGAAUCAGAAAUGGAUCAGUUGUCGGAGGAUGGUGCAGUAGAAGCCGACAGUGAGGACAAUGUUGAUUCCUGUGAGGAAGAAAAGGAAGAUGCGGAGCCAAGUGCUGGGACUAAUUCUGGCUGGGCAGACGCCAUGGCUAAAAUCCUUAACAAAAAGACUCCUAGCAGUAAACCCACCAUCCUCACCAAAAACAAGGAGCUGGAGAAGGAGAAGGAGAAGCUAAAGCAGGAGAGGCUGGAGAAAAGGAAGCAGCUUGAUAAAAAGCGGGAGUGGGAGAUGAUGUGCAGAGUGAAGCCAGAUGUUGUCAAAGACAAAGAGACAGAGAGGAACCUUCAGAGGAUUGCAACGAGGGGUGUGGUUCAACUAUUCAAUGCUGUUCAGAAACACCAAAGGAAUAUUGGUGAAAAAGUUAAGGAAGCAGGAGGCUCCAUCAGGAAGCAAGCUAAGUUGAUGUCAACUGUUUCCAAGAAGGAUUUCAUCAGUGUUCUUCGAGGAAUGGAUGGUACCAAUGAGAACAGUUCUGCUGGGAAGAACUCCAAAGCCAGACAGACCGAAGUGAAGUCAGAAGAGGGCCCCGGGUGGAAGAUUCUGCGAGAUGAUUUCAUGAUGGGUGCCAGCAUGAAGGACUGGGACAAGGACAGCGAUGAGCCUGAGGGCAGCAGGGCGGGGUCGGCCAGCGACUGAGCGAGCACACGAGCCUCCCGCUCUCCUCCAAAGACAACGUCUGACUGUUGGGAGCCAGAGGCCAUCUGGUAAAUACCCGGACUUGCUGAGAACACCUGCUCCAGUGUGCUCCUUCAUGUGCAAACUGUAGUAAAACUCUGUUUUUAACCCUUAUGUAAUUUCAAGUAUUUUCCUAAAAUAUUUGUACAGAGAACUGCUUUCCUUUCUUGAGCAGUCAGAUGUGAUUUCUCUGGGAUCCUCCCAUGUGAGCACAUACCGAUCAUGCAGCUUUGUUUCUAAAGCUUUGUUUCCAUCCGUGAUUAAAGUGAAUUUGAUACAAGA